UACGAGCGAGGGUGAGCGGGAGAGGGAGAGAGAGAGAGAGAGAGAGAGACGCGGAGUGGGAGAACAAGCGGUUCGCCUCAUUCCGCUGCUUUCUCAGCAUCCAUUCUGUGAGUCCCUGUUUUGGAGAGGCAAGAGCGACAUAACGGGCAAAUUGGAGACGGAAAAGGGGGAAAAUCCAUUGAGGAGGAAGGAUAUCGAGGAAAAUAACACAUCAUCAGGGCUUACUGGCAUCCAUCAUCACCCAAUAUAGCUUUCGCAGAGGUGCCUGAAAGUUUCCACCUGGGGGGGACACCCUCCCCUUGUUGUGGGGGAUGAACAGCGGAUGCUGAAUUUCAUUCCUGAAGGCAGGAGGAGAGCUGUGAAGACCGGCUGGAUUCACUUGCAGUGGAGCUGGUAGUGCGCACCAGAAGAGAUCCUACAGUGCCUAUUGCUCUCUCUUGCUCAGCCUCUCUCACACGCAUUUUCCAGUAGAACGCACAUUAGUUCACUGUGCCAAGGUGGAAUAUCUGGGGAAACGACCCAAAACUAUUUCUCCUGAAGCAGGGAAGUAAAGGGGGACCUGAUUAUGCACAGAAUCAAUGGACAUCCUCAUCAUAUAAAGCUGAAUCUGUGUAGGCACCUAUCCGCUCUUCUGGCAGAAAGCAGACAUGCUCUUCGCCUCUGUUCCAGUAUGACCCUGGAGUAAGUGACCUGUGAAGGGAGUCACACGGGGAUUUUUCAAAAGGACUUCUCUGCUUCUGUACGAGUGUGUGUGGCCGUCUGACAUCGGGAAGCCCAGCAGAUAAAAGACAGAAAAUUGGGACGACCACAUCAACAGAGGAGAGAGAAGAAUAGGCCAUGGCUGAGGGGAUGAUUACUUCUCAAAGUGAACCGUGACAAAAUGGUCGACUGUAUGAGCAAAGUCAUGCUGCACACGGUCGUCUCAUGCUGGCAACCAUUCCUGGGGCUGGCCCUUGUGGCUGUCUUUGUGGGCUCUACCCUGGGAUGUCCCUCACGCUGCGAGUGUUCUGCGCAGACCAAGGCAGUUGUCUGUCACCGCAAGCGCAUGCCCACCAUCCCGGACGGCGUGCCAACAGAGACCAGAAUCCUGGACCUGAGCAAGAACAAGCUGACGAUGAUCAAUCCUGAUGACUUUGUGAACUUUCCUGGGCUCGAGGAACUUGAUCUCAGUGGAAAUAUCAUCAGUUAUGUUGAGCCUGGAGCUUUCAACGCCCUGUUUACCAUGCACUCGCUCAGUCUCAAGAGCAAUCGUAUCAAGCUCAUUCCCCUGGGAGUCUUUUCAGGUUUAUCUAAUCUUACCCGGCUGGAUAUAAGUGACAACAAGAUUGUCAUCCUCCUGGAUUAUAUGUUUCAGGACUUGCACAAUCUAAGGUUUUUGGAAGUGGGCGACAACGAUCUGGUUUACAUUUCUCACCGUGCAUUCAGUGGACUUUUGAGCCUAGAGAUUCUAACCUUAGAAAGAUGCAACCUCACAGUUAUUCCCACUGAGGCCCUCUCCCACCUGCACAAUCUUGUCGGCCUCCAUCUACGUUACCUUGGCAUCCACACUUUGCAUCCUUACUCAUUCAAAAAGCUGUUCAGGCUGCGGCAUUUAGAAAUUGAUAAUUGGCCUUCGCUAGACCAUGUGCCAGCCAAUACCCUGCAUGGCCUCAACCUGACAAAGCUGUUUAUAACCAAUACCAACUUGUCCUCCUUUCCUUACCAAGCCCUGAAGCAUUUGCCCUACCUGACACACCUCAACCUGUCCUACAACCGCAUCAGGCACAUUGAAGGAGGGAUGCUCAUGGAGCUUGUUCGCCUGCGAGAGCUUCACCUGGUUAGUGCUCAGUUGACCACCAUCGAGCCGUAUGCCUUCCAGGGUCUACGGGGGCUAAAAGUCCUCAAUGUCUCUCACAACCGACUGGAUACACUGGAGAAGGGCGUUUUUCAGUCCCCUGAGGCUCUGGAGGUUCUUCUGAUUGACAACAACCCAUUGGUAUGCGACUGUCGUCUCAUGUGGAUCCUACAGAAAAGGCACUCCAUCUUCUUUGGGGAUUCACAACCGGAGUGUAGUACACCUGAAGGUAUCCGAGGAAGACCUUUUAAGGAGUUUAAGGAGACUCUUCUGUCUUAUUACGUGACAUGCACCAAGCCAAAAAUUCGUGAGAAUAAAACACAAACCAUCACUGUGGAUGAGGGCCAGCGGGCGAUGUUACGCUGCAGUGCUGAGGGGACACCACGACCCACUGUGUCCUGGCUGUCCCCUCGGCGACGUGUCCUGACAAGUAGGAGCCAUGGUCGAGUGACCGUCCACAACAACGGUACACUGGAGAUCAAGUCAGCAGAAGUACAAGACGGCGGAGUGUACCUUUGCCUUGCAUCAAACACUGCCGGGAAUGACACCCUGAUGACUUCAUUGGCAGUGAAAAGCCUGGGAUCACUGUACGCUAACAGGACCCAGUACUACACAGAUCCCAGCAACACCACUGCCAAUGGGACGACCGGUGUGACCCUCGGUUUGGACCUAAAGACUAUUCUAGUGUCUACAGCAAUGGGUUGUUUUACGUUCCUGGGAGUGGUCUUGUUUUGUUUCCUGCUCCUUUUUGUUUGGAGCAGAGGAAAAGGAAAACAUAAAAACAACAUAGAUGUUGAAUAUGUGCCUCGGUCAAAGUCUAAUGGCACCAAUGUUGACUCGGCAGAAGGACAAGCUGGUCCUCGUCGUUUUAAUAUGAAAAUGAUGUGACUUCUUUUGUACAUUCGAGAUUCUGGAUUGUGGAAAUGCCCAAAGUACAGUGUAUUUUUUUGCGAAUAGGACUACUGAACUUCCCAAUACUGCAGGGAGAGUGAAAAGGUCUGGGGCUUCAUCAAGAGGAACAGUAUCUUAAAUCGGUGGAUCUUGACAAAAUGCUUGGAUACUGUGUUUCAUAAACUGAAAUGUGUAGGUGGACUUCCUCUUAAACAACUGACAGCGGACAACCUCACACGGACGAGGAGUGAAAACUGUUGGCGCCAAGAGGACCUUAAGGUAGUAGGUGUCAUUUAUCAGCUUUUUGAAAUUUAUAUACCCAAAAAGAAACCUUCAGUUUUGGGUUGGAUCAACAGACUGCUGAACCAUGUACAGUACAAAUUUGUAUCUGAGCUAUUAACCUACUUUGUUUAGUCUUGCUCCAUGCUUACUCACUGGACAAAUCAAUGAAACUGACCAUUUCCUAUGUUCAAUACUUUGCAUAUGUGUACCUAAUGCUUCAUUUUGUACAUGUAUGUACAAAUUCAUUCAAAAGAACUAUUCAUAGCAAUAUUCAUGGGCCGCAUUAGCCAAAACUGAUAUAACCCCACGUGAACAUUCUUCAGACUUUUGAAGUUUCCAUGGAUUCAGGAAGGGCUUUUAUGGGUGAAUAUCUGUCCCUGCUAACCCAACCAACUCCUAGAUAUUAAUACAUAUAUAUUAUUUAUCAAUGACAAUAGGAGAAAAAAAAUAUUUAUGAGAAAUGUUGAGUAUUUUUCAAAAAAUCCGUCCUCAAACACCGUCCAGGAUCGAACGUAACAGCAGGAUGAGCAUAAAGAUGACCCAGUAUUGGUCAAAGUACCGACACGAACCACCUUUCGUCCUAUUUUGUCUCUUUUUAUUCCUUUAACUGUACCUUUACUGGUUGGCAAACUACAUGUGUCAAUUUUACUACAGUGACAUUUGCAUCAUUUUCCCCAGUAGGAAAUUUGGACUUUGUUGUGGUAGUUUCUCAUUUUGUUGUUGAAUCAUUUAGAUUGUGAAAACUUCAAAAGUAAAAAGUAAAAAAAUGUAUGUGAAAUAAAUGAAGAUGUAUUUGUA